AUGAACCGUAUGGUGCGAAAGAAUAUAUCGAAUCAUUUCUCUAGUCCGAAAAUAAUCACUGUUGCAAUAUUCGUAGUUCUGUUUUCUCUUCAUGAUCAGUUGAGUUUUUCAGAGGCACGACUCCAAUUUGGGUUCUACUCAAAAACAUGUCCACCAGCAGAACUGAUCGUGCGUAACGUUGUUCAACAUGCAAUGACCCGCGAUCCCGGGAAUGCUGCUGUCUUGCUCCGUCUCCAUUUCCACGAUUGCUUUGUCGAGGGUUGUGAUGGGUCGAUUCUAAUAAAACACGUCGGAAAUGAUGACGAGAGGUUUGCUGUGGGUAACGCUGGUGUGGGCGGUUUCGAUGUGAUAGACGAAGCCAAAUCACAGCUUGAACGUCUUUGUCCGGGCGUUGUGUCUUGCGCUGACAUCGUUGCACUUGCUGCUAGAGAUGCUGUUGCUGAGGCAAAAGGACCUUUUUACGAGGUACCAACCGGUCGAAGAGAUGGUCAGCGUGCAGAAAAGAGUAACGCUGCGAACUUGCCAGAUGUUGAAGAUUCUUUAAGCAUUUUGAAAUCCAAAUUCAGAGAAAAAGGGCUUUCGGACCAAGAUCUUGUACUUCUUAGUGCUGGUGCACAUACUAUUGGUACAACAGCGUGUUUCUUUGUCAUACCACGCUUAGAUGCUCAAGAUCACACCAUAGAUAAAGAAUUCUUCAAAGUGUUGAGGUCAAAGUGUCCUAAAGGUGGCGAUGUUAAUGUCAGGAUUCCAUUAGAUUGGGGAAGCCAGUUUGUGUUUGACGACCAAAUCUUUCGGAACAUCAAAAAUGGCAAAGGAGUCAUUCUAUCGGACUCUGUUUUGUAUCAAGACAAUAAUAUGAAGAACAUAAUUGAUUCGUAUGUGGCAAGUAACCGGAGUUCGAAGACUAACUUCGCUGCGGAUUUUGGUAAAGCCAUGGUGAAGAUGGGUGCCAUUGGGGUGAAGAUUGGUACUGAAGGAGAGAUCAGACGCAUAUGCAAUGCUACAAAUUAG